GCGCAUGCACAGAACAGAAAAUUUGGACAAGGCAUUAAACAAUCCGCAUGCGCAGAACGGUUGAAUUCACUCAUCGUGUCAAACUCAGGCCUGUAAUAUAAUACGCGAGAGCUGAUCAAUGAAAUAUGAGAAAGCGGUACACGCUUUUGCUUGAUUGACAAAGAAAAGGGAGGAGAUUGAAAGCAUCGUUCUCUCUCAGUAAAUUCAGAUGUGAAAUAGAUACGUUAUAUGGACGGAAAAUCGAUGGUCAGAACGUGUGCAAGAGGAAUCGUUUUUUCGUCCAAGGACCAUACACGAAAAAACGACGUUUUCAUGUUUGCAGUGACAAGCAGUUAAACAGGCGAGAUACACCGAAGUAGUAUUCCAAGAAAAAAUGACGGCUGAGCAGCAGACAGACACUGUUUCUCGCAGAGAAGAAUUUGAUGUGGAAUUUGAAGAAAAUGUUACAGAGAAAGCCCAAUGGUCCAACAAGUUCCAGUGUGUCAUUGCUCUGCUUGGAUAUUCUGUAGGACUUGGCAAUUUGUGGAGAUUUCCCUAUGUAUGUCAACGGAAUGGAGGGGGUGCGUUUCUGAUCCCUCACCUGAUCUUCACGGUUAUAGUUGCUAUACCUCUCUUCUUCUUGGAGGCUGCCCUUGGUCAGUUUUCCCGUAAAGGUCCUAUCGGAGUGUGGGAGCUGUGCCCUCUGAUGAAAGGUAUUGGUUUUGGUAUCCUGAUUAUCAGUUUCAUCGUUGUGCCGUACUACAGUAUGAUGUUUGCCUGGGCCCUCUACUACAUAUACAGCUCCUUCUCCACCGUCCUGCCCUGGACAACAUGUGACAACUCAUGGAACACACACCGAUGUGUGGCUGUUGGUGAUUCAACACGUAUCAUCAAUAAUUCAACAGUUAUAGAUGAAUCAAGAUUCAACAAGACAAAAUAUUUUGUUGAAAGGAACGCUUCUAGUGAGACCAACUUUACCGCUAAAUUAGCUGACGUAUUUGGCCAUACGGCAACAGAGGAAUUCUGGCAGUACAAAGUGCUGGGCAUUUCUUCAGGGAUAGAUGACCUCGGCACUGUCCAGCUCCAUCUCUUCAUCUGCUGGGGUCUCACAUGCCUGCUCCUUUUCCUUAGCAUCGUAAAAGGAAUCAAGUCUCUUGGCAAAGUAGUGUAUGUGACGGCGUUGAUGCCAUACGUACUGUUGACGGUACUGCUGAUCAGGGCGUGCAUGAUGCCGGGUUCUAUGAACGGGAUUAUGUAUUAUGUCACUCCUGAUUUUAGCCGUCUUCACCACUCACAGGUGUGGCUAGAAGCAAUUCUUCAGGUGUUCUUCUCAGUGGGUCCUGGUUGGGGAACUAUUACUGCCAUCUCAAGCCACAACACUCCCCACAACAAUAUUGCCAGAGACGCAAUCCUUGUCACGUUAUUAGGCGAGUUAACAAGUGUUUUUGCUGGGUUUGUGGUGUUUGCAACGGUGGGUUUCUUGGCUCAUGAUCUCGGACAACCUGUAGCUGAGGUUAUUACAUCAGGUCCGGGCAUUGGGUUUAUUGUGUAUCCAGAGGCAGUGUCCCUACUACCGUUCUCCCAGCUGUGGUCCGUGCUAUUCUUCUUGGUAGUUCUGAUGAUGGGGGUCGAUUCAAUGUUCGGAAAUAUUGAAGCAGCUCUUGGGUGUAUAGAAGAUAUUCUGCCAUCACGUUAUCACACCAAACACCUCCAGACCAUUAUGGCUGCUGUUUUGAUGAGCAUUGUGUUCCUUCUUGGUCUCCUUUUCACAACUAGUGCUGGCGUGUACGUGUUCCAGUUAUUAGAUUGGUAUGUGGCUGCCGUUGCUUUGUUUGUAAUCGGUACUCUGGAAUGCAUCAUUGUCGGUUGGUGCUACGGUAUGAAGCGUUUUGCUGUGGACGUCGAGGCUAUGAUUGGGAAACAGCUGCCAAUAGUCUUUAAACUGUUGUGCUUCAUCUUUGUUCCUGUUCUUCUUACGGUGGCCAUGUUUCUAACUGUCGCUUCUUACAAACCACCAUCUUACGGGAGUUAUGAGUACACGCCCGUCGCUGUCACUAUUGGUUGGUGUGUCGCUCUUGCAUCAGUUGUACCUAUUCCAAUAACCAUGGUGAUACAGAUCCUGCAUGAAAAAGGCUCCAUAGGUCAGCGUGUGAAAAGCGCCACAACACCAAACAACAGGUGGGAAGAAUUCAGGCAACGUUAUGGAGUGGAGAGAAAAGCAGAGUUCACUAUCAAAGAAAACAUUCUGUUUCUUUUCAACCGAUGACCAGAAAGCACUUACAGAAAUGUUUUACUGACAACAGUUCACAAUCAAUCAAUCAGUUACUCCCCAUAAAAAACCUAGUCACGAGUGACUUAGUGCACUUA